CCGUAAUAGAAACAGUUGUGGGCUAGAAUUACGUUCGAAUAUCGAGAACUGUUCCACCGCAUGCGAGUGAACGAAAACAGUGUCGGUGAAGCAACGGAAUUUAUGUUGUGUAAAACAGAACGAUUCUCUUGUGAACCGAACUUCCGGUGUAUUUUGGCUUAUUCGAUAUCGUAUAGAAUUUAAGUAUAUCAAGGGUUGUUCGACAUGAUUGAACGAAUAUUUAAUAUAUUCAUUGAGUUGUACAAUCGUAUUGGAUCCGGAUUAUAUACUGAGUUCGGUUUUUAUUAUUACGUGGUGAAAUAGAAGCCAGCCAUUUUUUGGUUGAGUAACAUGUGAGUGUGCCUUUUAAAAUUAGGAGGUUUACUGUGUAUAUGCGAAAAAGAGAUAUCGCAGUCAACGUACGGUUGGUAGGUUCGGGACCACCACCUUUGAAAUAAGCAAAAGAUUAAGUAUUUUCGCGUGGAAUGCUGUGCGAAUGAUUCAUGUUAUAGUCAUGCGCGCAUGAGGAACACGAAGAGCUCUUGCCAGUGUAUAGAUGUCUCCAGUCAUCACUACGUACCUUCAUCAGCAUCACAAUCGCAGACUUUAACGGUUGCAUCUCUUGUUAGCAUCUCUAGUGAAUGUAACGAUUUAUAUCAUCCAAGUUGCUGGCUUUAGAGGUUUAAUGCACGUACUGAAGAAAUAAUCUAUCCAAGAAGCACCGACAUAAAGUAAUACUGUGUUGACGUGAGAAAAAAUGCAACAACCGACAUUCGUUCGUUCGCCUAAGUCCGAAGAAAAACUGUGCGACGACAGGUGAUGUGAUCUAUAGGCAGAUUAGGUAUAGCAGCAAAAUGCCUCUAAAAUAAAGUGUCAGAGAAAUCCGUCUCAGUGGGUAUGCGAAGUCAAGCGCUACUACAUAUCGACCUCCAACGAGGGGAAGUGCAGUGUUCAAAGCAAGGGGAAUUAAAUACCAAUUUGUGAUCAAAAAGCGUUACAGCUAAAAAUAUACCUUCGUCGCUUACAGCCAUUUACAUCACACGAGAGUGCAUUCAAAAGUUGUGUUUUUUACUGAAGAAUUUCAAUUCAGUGGUGUUUGUGUACGGUAGCAGCAGCGUUGCAUCUGUGUCAUUGAAACACGUUUUUAGCAUACCAAACUUUGCGUGGAUCGGCACGCACACCUUUUCAACAAGGCAAGGAAGGCCAGGAGUUUGCGAUGCCGACGAAGAAGUGACCGAGCAAGUUAAGUGAGGAGCUGCUAAAAGAAUAUAGAAAGCCAUCAACACAUUCAAUGACAGACAAAAGUGAAGUUAAGUUAACAUCAAUAAUGAAUGAGUCAGGGGCUGCUACUGCUAGUGCCAAUAGUAGUGCCAAUGCGAAAUCCGAAACCAACAAAGAUUCACUAACAAAAAUGGGCGUAAAUAGUGGCAUGAAUGGCCCCAAUGGAAAUACAACAGCAACAGCUAAGGCGGCUUCUGUACCGGGUGAUAACGGUACCGAUGUAGGGCCAGACAUAAUGAUGACCUCUGCUGGGGUGAAUAACGAUGGUCAUCCGCAUCAUCACCAUCACCAUCAUCAUCACCACAGUCACGUUCAUCAACAUCAGCAGCAGCAACAGCAGCAACACCUCUCGCAACAGUAUCAACAGCAACAGCAGCAUCAAUCACAAUCAGGAGUGAUAAGCAACGGUAGUGGUGGUUUCUACGAUCAGAAAACAGAUAUUUCUCCCGUCGUCCCAAACGAGGAGGAUGACGGACUUGGGCCACUGCCACAGAAAUGGGAAAAAGCGUACACCGAUAGUGGAGAGGUUUACUUUAUUGAUCAUAACACCGGCACAUCGCACUGGCUCGAUCCAAGAUUGUCCAAGUUCCAAAAAAAAUCCCUCGAAGAUUGCCAAGAUGAUGAGCUGCCGUACGGCUGGGAGAAAAUCUGUGAUCCCCAUUACGGUACCUACUAUAUUGAUCACGUCAAUCGCAAAACACAGUAUGAAAAUCCAGUUCUACAAGCAAAGCGACUGAGUGAACGGGCUGGCAGUGGAAGUACUGGCAUGGGACCAGGUUCUGCUAUGAGCAAUUAUAGUGGACAAAAUGGUGAAGGAGGCAGCAGUCACGAUGAUACUGGGGGAAUGGGACGGCCAAACCACUUCACGAAGAAUCCUGCGAAUCUGAGAGGCGAACGACUGAUGACGACGCUCGUUAAAUCGACUCGUGGUUUGGGAUUCACGAUUGUUGGUGGAGAUGAUAAUGUGGAGGAGUUUCUCCAAAUUAAAUCGAUCGUUCCGAAUGGACCUGCAUGGAUCGAUGGAAAAUUGAAAACAGGUGAUGUGUUGGUUUAUGUGAAUGAUAUUUGUGUGCUAGGAUUUACGCACCACGAGAUGGUGAAUAUCUUUCAAUCUAUCCUGCCGGGGGAAGAGGUUCAUCUAGACGUUUGCCGCGGUUAUCCACUACCGUUCGAUCCGAACGAUCCAAAUACGGAGGUGGUGACUACCAUUGCUGUGGAUGGUCUCAAUAAUGGAGCGAUGACUGAGUCGGAUUUAAAGUUUCUGGAAACUGGCGGUUUUAUGGAUCUGGGCGACAUACAGCACAAGAACCCGAUUGCAAAAAUUCAAUCCGGUGUUGCCACAGCGAAUGGCGGGGAUGUUUACUUCACUGACACUCAUUCUUAUCAGCAGCACUAUAAGAGCAAAGAGGGCAGCUUCGAAAUACCAGAAAUUCUUCACAUUAAUAUAGUUAAAAGUGAUACCGGGUUUGGAUUUACGAUUACGGAUAGCUCGUACGGGCAAAGGGUGAAAAAAAUUCUUGAUCGACAAUGUUGUAAAAAUCUUCAGGAAGGUGAUAUUUUGCUGAGCAUUAAUUCUAUUCCUGUUAAAGAUAUGUCUCACAACGAAGUUGUGCAAGUGUUGAAAGAUUGUCCCAAGAACAUCGAAACUACGCUGAAAGUUCAGCGAGGACCGUCAGCGUUGCUGGUGGCCAGCAGUAAAAUGACGAACAAAUUAAGAAAAAGCAUUGAAAUGGCAAAGUUCGGUAGCGGUUUGCUUAAAAAAGAUGGUUACGGUAUUGGUGCUAAUAGUUUAUUCAGAAGUAAAACACCGACUGCUGAUCUGUACAGUACUCAGACAAAGGAGGUUCUACCUACCAGGCCGAAAACACCCUUGGUCGAUACAAGAGCCAGAGCCAAAACUCCUUCCCUGCCAUUAUCCGACUUGAGUACUGAAGAAAUUGAACUUGACGUUAACAAAAACACAGGAGAUACAAAAAUGGAUCCGAAUUUGAACCUUAAAUCAAACAACAGUGUGCAUGAUAAUGACUCCAUAGCAAACGAUAUUGAUUCGUUCAACAAUGACGAUCAGUAUCAAUCGGCUAAGCAUUCUAAUCUCACCGAAAGAUUGGGAGAGCUUACAAUUAAUAGCUCAAACAAUAGCGCUGCAGACACCAUCUACCACAACCAUCAACCUCAAUACGGAGGAGGUCCAGGAGAACACCUGCAACAUCAGCCAAAUUACAAUCAUAACAAUUACAAUCACCUGUAUUCACCUCCUCUAGUUCCUCCUCCACCAGUGCCACCUAUGUCGGCAAAUCAUGUCGGUUAUGGACCCAAUACGAUUCCACUUCAGCCAACCUACCAUCAUGAGAGUUGUUUCUGUUACGAUUGCCAGGACUAUCAGCGCCAGCAGCAACAUCACCAUCAGCAAAUGUAUCAGCAACAAACUUUUAACCGUUCCUAUGGGAAUAAUCAUAGCCAUAUGCAGCAUCCGCAGCAACAUCAGCUUCCGUAUCAAUUACCACCACAAAUGAGUGAUAAUAUUGGCAAACGACUGAACGAAUAUUUGAUGGACAGAAAAAGAUUGCUUCAUCAGCAGCAGCAACCGUUGCCUCAGCAGCACCAUCAGUUCGAUAAUCUCUACCAUCAUCAUAAGGCACCUAUUCCACUGCCCCCACAGCACCAGCAACAAGCACCUGUGCCAUUCGAUCAGCACUUCUAUACUACUAAUAACUGGCGAGCUGCCGUUGGUGGAAACCAACACUCUCCGCAGUUGUAUAGUGGAGCGGCCAUGUAUCCAGCUCCGGUUCCCAUGGAUGAUUAUGCACUAACCGAAGUUAUUCUGGAUCGACAGGCGCUCGGAUUCGGUUUUCGUAUUGUCGGUGGAACGGAAGAGGGAUCUCAAGUUACCGUAGGGCACAUCGUGCCAGGCGGUGCCGCGGAUAAAGACACGAGGAUUGCCUCCGGUGACGAGAUCCUAAGCAUUAAUGGAGUCAAUGUGGAGAAUGCCUCUCAUCAUCGGGCCGUGCAAUUGAUGGGUGAAGCUGGUCUACGUGGUCAGGUCACUAUGAUUCUACGACGAAGAAAGCCGCUGAAACCACCGCCACCGACGCCGAAUUCUCGUUACCCAUACAAUGUUUUGGUGUCACGCAGCGAAAAUGAAGGAUUUGGAUUCGUGAUAAUUUCCUCCGCCGGUCAAUACCAUGGAUCAUCGAUUGGAGACCUCAUACCGGGUAGCCCAGCUGAACGCUGCGGAGAACUGAAAAUCGGCGACCGUAUAGUUGCAGUCAAUUCGAUCGACAUAUCUGGUAUGAGUCACGGGGAUGUGGUAAACCUGAUAAAGGAGUCCGGAUUACAGGUACAGCUCACUAUCGGUUGCCCCCGCCCGAUGGACACCCCGACGGGAGCAUCAUUGGUCCAGACGACUGGUGGGUUGACUUCUACCGCCAUUCCCGCCUCCAAUGUGUCAAAUUCGAGUGGUAACGAAAUGUACGUAAGUACAAGCACCGGUAGCAUCGGACCAUCUAUGAACCGAUAUCCAACUAUAAUGUCCUGAUUGAGAACUAAGGUAAUCCUUCGGCGCCAAUCGGUUUCGAUAGAGGAGGAGGAAGACGAAUGAUCGAAGUUAGCAAAUUCGCUUAUUUUUUCUGAUGGAACCAAAGCAUUUUUUAUUUACUUCUAAGAUCAUGUAAGUAUCGCAUAUAGUUCUGUUAGCGCAUAUCUUUUGAGAGCUUUCGAGUCGGCUUAAAGCGGACGCAGAAAGCAGAAGCUCAAUAGUACAGUAAGCGUAUUGUAUUGAUAAGAUUGACUAAUAAGCUCCCUUUAAAAUUAAAGGUACUUUGAAAAGGUUCAGCCGAAAACCUUUUUCUUAUUGGCAACACAGCCAACACCCUGAAAGUAUACAUGACGGGUUAUGCUGUAGUUAGAAAUACACAUCAAUUGCUCAUAAAAUCUCUGAGACUAGUAUCGCAAGUCAUACAGUCAGUGAUGGCAUGAACUCGUGCAAAGUUGAACUGAGUAACACUUUUCCAGAUUUGAAUCCAACUUGAAUCUGCUUCCUCUCGAUAAUUUGAGUUUUUUUGCACCGCGCACUCUGAUCGAUUGAGUUUAAAUGCGUGCAAUGCAUGCAGUGCACCAUGUAUCCAACGAUGCAGGCGUUAAUGUGACGCGAUGAGUUUUGUUUUUAGAUCGAAUUUAUGCUUUCAAAGGACAAUGCAACAAACUGUUGCAGCAGACGCGGCGCGAAUUACAUCGCAAUUCGAUUUUUAUGCAAUUGUUGUUAUGCAGGAUUCAAACUCAAAUCCAACUCAAGUGUAAUGCACUGUUAGUAGGGUUUACGUGCAAACCGAAAAUAAAUGUGCAAGCAAGUUUUAAAACUCACUUGGAUACGAGUGCAAAGUCUCACUGCCUACUCUGCAUACAGUUUCAAUUUAACUUCUAUGAUUACCUUUCGGCAGUUAGUUUCAGCUGGAGAAGUGAACAUACUGCAAAAUAGUGGCAAUAAUGAUUCGUACUAUAAAUAAAUAAUACAUGCAAUAACACAUUUUAUUUUUUUCGCAUACAAACUUUGAAAUGAAUAAAGUAGGUAUCAAACUUCAAAUUAUAAACGAUUUUCAUAGGGAAUAGCGUCAUCUGCUGAAAAAAAAUUUUUUUUUCAUGAAUAACAAUGAAUUUUUGAAAAUAUUUAUUUUUUGAAUACUUUCUGGUUAAAGUAUUCGUCGACCCUCAAAAUUAGAUCGUGCCAUUCUAUCAAUUUUUCAAACUUUUGAAACGACAGAUCCUAUACACAAAUGCUGUGAUGGCACCUGCGUUGCAAUUUUGUUUUCUUAAACAACAAAAAUGUUAUAUUUUUAUCAGUUCCACCUUCAGAUCUCAUGGUUACAGCACUUGCAUAGUGCGGAAUUAUUAUUAUACCUGCCUGGAAGGUGGAAAACAAAUCGCAACCUCAUCAUCAUACAGCCGAGAGCUUUUUUCAACGUUUCUUUUUGUACCUUCGCACCCAGCUGCGUGCGACGGGGGCGUGGGAAAUGUGGGCAUAAUCCAGUUAUAAAUAGAAACUACAUAUAUCGCGCGAGCAAUAAUCACACACAACAAUAGUUGGUACGUACUGGCGAUUAGUGACGGUACGUUCGUUUGGUAGCAUGCUGAACACACCGCAAAUUAUAUGCAUCAAAUACUAGCAGCAGCUUUUACUGCGGCUUAGCAAAUCGUUCUUUUCAAGUGGAACCCGAUGUAAACCAAUGAAACAAAGCAAAUCGAAAACGAGUGUCGUUUGCAAAUCUGCCUUACGCUAAAAUCCCUCCACGAGAGAAACAAUCAGCAGUAGCAUUUAUAACGCAAAACAGAAACCAGCGCCGAAAUGACUGAAUAUAACAUUUUUAACAAACGGUACACGAAUGAAACAGGAAGGCACACAUAUCAUUUAAUCCUAUUCAUCAACCGACAAUUUUGUCGGAUAUCUAAUAAACUGCACACACUAGAUAUAGAGUCUUCCGCGACCGGUGAUAGAAAUAAAUAUGUAAAAUCUCAACCUGAUUGGCGAUGCAAACCACCCUCACCAACAAGCAAAUCACUGUGAAUAAUCUUGCCUUACCUUUAUAUUUAUAUACAUAAGCAAAAGAUGAAACGAAGUAAACUGUAUAAGAAUGAAGAGCAUAGUAGUAUUCCAUAGUAGAUGUUUUUAGCAGUAGUAGAAAAUUAAUCAUAAACAACAUUUGCUAUUGAUAUUCUGCAGGACGACUCGUGGAUGGUCGAAUCGAUUUGUUAGACAUUACAAGUAUUAUCUAGUUAGUAGUUCUGACCCUAAGAAAAUAUCAAACCGAGCUUAGCAGUCAACGGCUGAUUUUAUAGAACCCGACGAUAGGUGAAUUGUUGUUAUAAAAGUGCCUCCAUUUAGUCAAUAUUAGUAAGCAAACUUUUAUGCACACCUCCAGAUGUUCUCGAACUGAUUUUGAAUGCAUUUUAAAGCCCAAUCUUUCGACUGUAAUGUUAUAAAACUUCUACAAAGCUGCGUACUUAGACAUACUAAAUAGCACUAUUUACUUUCUUUUUACUUAAAGCACUCUACUCUACUUAAAUCUGCUAGAAUCAUAAGCAGAAGAUCCUGUGUCUGAAAAAAUUACGAAAUAAUGUAAUUAUUAGCCUUUAACUCAUCGUUAUUGUUAAAUGAAAGAUUGUAAAGUAUACAGAACAUUCAGACACAUUUAGUUACUAUAUAAAACUGUAUAUUCUGUAGUAUCUUCUAUAAAACCCGUACACGACACGAAGCAAUACAAUCAAUCAAAAUAAUAA